UAUGGAUCGUCAAACAUUACAUGGGUUUCUUUAGCUCCAACGGAAAGGGACCAAAUGUCAUGUUGCUCUGUCCUAGUGUUUUCCGCCCAUAAUCCAGAAACGGCCAGAGGAUAUGGAAGUAUAAUACGGAAGAUCUAUGAUUGGCAAGGAUGCUAUCCACCGUGUGUUAUUACCCACGUCGACCAGGAAAAACCUGAAGCCGUUCGACUCGCUUUAGAAAAUGAAGGCAUAUCAAACAUCUUCGAAGUCGCUAAUAUCACACCACAAAACAAAAAUCUAGAUAUAGAGCAUGAAAUGAAACUCAUAGAGCUUCUCUUGACAUGCUUUGAGUUCGGCGAAAGAACAUUUAUGUUCCGAAAACACAAUGACACUGCUCUUUAUGAAAACGAACUUUAAAAAAAUGCGAG